UGGAAGCCAGGCCGGCCAGGGGGGAAUCCCAAGAGCUCCAUGAAGUCUCCCCGGGGCCGCGGACGGGGCGCUGUCCUGGGGAGGCUGUCGGGGGAUCCCCGACACCCAUGGCUAGGCGGGGGCCGCGGCGGCGCGCUCGGAGGCCGGCAGCGGCGGCUGCCCCGAGGGACGGGGCCCUAGGCGGUGGCGAUGGGGGCCGCCCGGAUCGCGCCCGGCCUGGCGCUCCUGCUGUGCUGCCCAGUGCUCAGCUCCGCAUACGUGCUGGUGGAUGCAGAUGACGUCAUGACCAAAGAGGAGCAGAUCUUCUUGCUGCACCGUGCCCAGGCCCAAUGUGAGAAGCGGCUCAAAGAAGUCCUGCAGAGGCCAGCUGACAUAAUGGAAUCAGGCAAAGGAUGGGCAUCUGCAUCCACAUCAGGGAAGCCCAAGAAAGAGAAGGCAUCUGGGAAGCUCUACCCUGAGUCUGAGGAGGACAAGGAGGUGUCCGCUGGCAGCAGGCACCGAGGGCGCCCCUGCCUGCCAGAGUGGGACCACAUCCUGUGCUGGCCGCUGGGGGCACCAGGUGAGGUGGUGGCCAUGCCCUGUCCCGACUACAUUUAUGACUUCAAUCAUAAAGGCCAUGCCUACCGUCGCUGUGACCGUAAUGGCAGCUGGGAGCUGGUGCCAGGGCACAACCGGACAUGGGCCAACUACAGCGAGUGUGUCAAGUUCCUGACCAAUGAGACUCGUGAACGGGAGGUGUUUGACCGCCUGGGCAUGAUCUACACCGUGGGCUACUCCGUCUCGCUGGCCUCUCUCACCGUGGCUGUCCUCAUCCUGGCCUACUUUAGGAGGCUGCACUGCACACGCAACUACAUCCACAUGCACCUGUUCCUGUCCUUCAUGCUUCGCGCCGUGAGCAUCUUCGUCAAGGACGCGGUGCUCUACUCCGGCGCCACGCUUGAUGAGGCUGAGCGCCUCACGGAGGAAGAGCUGCGCGCCAUCGCCCAGGCACCGCCGCCGCCCGCCGCCGCCGCCGGCUACGUGGGCUGCCGGGUGACUGUGACCUUCUUCCUUUACUUCCUGGCUACCAACUACUACUGGAUUCUGGUGGAGGGGCUGUACCUGCACAGUCUCAUCUUCAUGGCCUUCUUCUCAGAGAAGAAGUACCUCUGGGGCUUCACGAUCUUCGGCUGGGGUCUGCCUGCCAUCUUCGUGGCUGUGUGGGUCAGUGUGAGAGCCACCCUGGCAAACACCGGGUGCUGGGACUUGAGCUCCGGGAACAAGAAGUGGAUCAUCCAGGUGCCCAUCCUGGCCUCCAUUGUGCUCAACUUCAUCCUCUUCAUCAACAUUGUCCGGGUCCUCGCCACCAAGCUGCGGGAGACAAACGCUGGCCGGUGUGACACGCGGCAGCAGUACCGGAAGCUGCUCAAAUCCACACUGGUGCUCAUGCCGCUCUUUGGCGUCCACUACAUCGUCUUCAUGGCCACGCCAUACACCGAGGUCUCAGGGACGCUCUGGCAAGUCCAGAUGCACUACGAGAUGCUCUUCAACUCCUUCCAGGGAUUUUUUGUCGCCAUCAUAUACUGUUUCUGCAACGGCGAGGUACAGGCUGAGAUCAAGAAAUCCUGGAGCCGCUGGACAUUGGCACUGGACUUCAAGCGCAAGGCACGCAGCGGGAGCAGCAGCUACAGCUACGGUCCAAUGGUGUCUCACACAAGUGUGACCAAUGUAGGGCCCCGCACGGGACUUGGCCUGCCCCUCAGCCCCCGCCUGCUGCCUGCUACCACAGCCAAUGGCCACCCCCAGCUGCCCGGCCACACCAAGCCAGGGUCCCCAGCCCUUCAGACCACACCACCUGCCGUGGCCGCUCCUAAGGACGAUGGGUUCCUCAACGGCUCCUGCUCGGGGCUGGAUGAGGAGGUGUCUGCACCAGACAGGCCACCUGUCCUAUUGCAGGAGGAAUGGGAGACAGUCAUGUGAUUGGGGACCCGAGGGUUGGACCUGUGGACAUAAGGGUGGACAAGCGGACCAAGAGACAGGUUGUUGGACAGUUGCCCACUCAGGACUGGGGCUGGGAGGAUAAAAUAGGAAAAAUAAAAAAAAGGAAAAGGAAGCAGCGUGUGGCUUCCUGUGGUCUGAACUGGGCACCUAUUCCAGGAGGGGAGGAGCUGGGAGCCAUGGGGGUGUUCUUGGUCUUACCUCAGGAGGGGGUCUAGGAACCAUGGGCCAGUCCCUGGGGGGGUCGGGACCCAGCCCGGCAGAAAGGGCCUGAGAGAGGCCCCUGUCUAAGCCUAGAGAAGCUCAGGUUUGCUGGGUCAUCAGCACCCCAGUGGCCCCAUGCAGGAGGAGGGCCCCAGCCUUUCCCUGUCUCCAGCUGUCACCUCGGCUGCUCCCUACACUUGUACACAGGCUCCACGGGCACCCAAGCUGCCUUUGGCCCAGGCUGAGUCCACAGACCUACUCACCCUGAAACACUCAUAUUGGCCACCUCUAGGACAGAGCUAUGUCUUCCUUUCAGACUGGGUGCCCCCCAGGACAGAGUGGAGCCUCUCCUCUCAAACUGGAUUUCCUCUAGAACAUGGUUUAACCUCUUCCCACAGACUGAGGACCUCUUCCACCCCAUGACAGGGCUGUGUUUACUCCUCAGACUGGAUACCCCCAGGACAGAGCUGUGUUCAUCCUUCAGACUGUCCCCCCCGCAGAGCAGCGCUAUGCUCACCCCUCACGCAGACCAGGCACCCCCCAGGACAGGGCUAUACUCACCCCUCAGACUUGUUACCACCUUCCCUUUAGAUGAACCCCCAAGACAGAGCUGUGCUUUCCCUUUGAACUAAAUGCCCCCAAGACAUGCUGGGUACCCCCCUCAGGUUUGGUGAUCCCAAGCAGGGCAAGGUUCCCCCAUAUCCACUUGGAUACCUCCUCCCCAAGGGCUGGCCCUCCUUCCUCAGGAUUUUUGCACCCAGUCCAAGGCCAGGCCUCCCCCUUUAGACUGGGCAGCAUUUGCCCCCUUGACUGGAUGUCCAGGAUAGGACUGGACCUCUUACAUCAGUCUAAGCUCCUAGUCCAGGAAAAGGUCUCCUCCCUUAGACCUGGAGCUCCUGGGCCAGGGCCAGCCCCCCCACUCAGAGAGACCCUGAGCCCCACCUGGGCCAUCCAGGGUUGGCAGAGGAAGUGGGAGCUCUCAGAGGGCCUGGCAGGCAGUCAGGACCCUGUUUGCCUUGAACAGGGGCUGGAGCCAGGUAGUCAUUUCUCCCUUCAAGGCCUCACAGCCCAGCCAAGCCGCAGGGAACACGUAAACACCAGCCGAGCCGGGCGGCAGGCAGGCAGGGAGGAGGAGCCCAGAAGACCCUGACUCAUCAGCCUCCUUGGCCACGGCGUCUGGACACCUCAUGGUGCUGCUCUAGAUUCCAAGUCACGCCAGUAAGAUGAGCUCCAGCUCCCACCUGUCUUGGGCAUGAAGAUAGGCCCGGCCUUUUCUGGCCUGUCUCCCCGCAGCCCAGGCUGAGGACCUCUGAAGACCCAUGGAAGCAAUGUACCCUGCUGGGGGCUCCUAGAACACAGGCCAGGCUUCAAGAGGAAGCUUCAGCUCAGAGCAGGAUCGAGAGGGUCCAGGGGUCCAGGGUCAUAGAAGAGAGGCCUCUAAUGACCCACAACAUGCCAGCCUGUGGAGAAGUGGGGCCCAUGUGUCAGCGGAGAGUGAGCAGGCUUUGACAGUCCACUCCCAUUACCACUCAACCUGGGGUGGAGGUAGGACAGAGGACAGAAUGAGGGGGAAGGGGACUGAGUUCCCUGGAAGAUGAAAGGGACAUGACCCAGUCCAGCGGUCUGAUCAGAGCCUUGUUCAGACAGUUUGUGAGGGAAAAUGGACCUUCCUUGGGGGAAGAAGGGGACACAACCCUGCUCUGAGGGCGGGUAAGGAGACAUAGAACUUCCAUGGGUGUUUGAGGGGACAGAGCUCUACUCUGAGGGUACAGGAGGGGACAAUGAACCUCCUGAGGGGGUCUCAGGGGACACAGUUCUGCUCCGAGGGUACCUGAGGGGACAAAGCUUGCCCUGUGUAGUCUGAGACACAAUCCUUUCCUGAGGGCACAUGAUGGGACAUGGACCUUCUGUGGGGGCCUGAGGAGACACAGCUCUGCUCCAAGGGCGCAUGAGGGGACAUGGACCUUCCAUCAUAAUCUGAGGGGACUCAGCUUUGCUCCGAAGGUGCGUGAGGGGACAAGAACUGCCCUGUAUGGUCUGAGAAGAAACCAUCCUUCCCUGAGGGCACGUGAGGGGACAUGGACCCUCCGUGGGGCUCUCAGGGGACACAGCUCUGUUCCAAGGGCAUGUAAGGGGACA